CAUUGUAAUAUAAUUCAAAUAUCGAUUUCAAUAUUUAAACGCGUUUGAUUCGUCUAUAACAAUUAUUAUUAAAAUCAAAUAGGCAUUCUUUAAAAUGCUAGCUUUUAUACUUGUAAUAUGGGGUUUCGAUUUAGUUUUUGCAAACGCAGAACAACAAUUCAGCCAAAUAUUAUAUGGGAGAGAACUCGACCUCGGCCCUUACAACGGAAAGAUGGAAAUUGGUGUGCUACCAGAACGCUACCCGAACAUGACUGCUGAGGACAAAAAAGCCUCCUACAGUAUUCGCAGACUGCUCGAACUUUUUCGGGAAUCGUUUAUCUCUGGAUUAUAUGGCAUUCCUGCUCUAGAUCCAUAUAUUAAUGAUAAUUUAACACACUUCACUGUAAAUGUACCUUUUUUAACUGGUGAAGUAAAUGUUGCAAAAAUUAUAGUUACUGGUUUGCAAGCUUUCAAAAUAGUGUUGAUCGAGCUUCGACUGGACACCAUUAGAAGCGAUUUCAUCUUCACAGUGCCUCAGUUAAAUGGAAUAGUUUAUUUUCAAGCAUAUCUGGAAUUAGCUGGGUUGUUCCCCCUAAGCGUUAACGGAACAUUAAGAGUUAAUCUUCAAAAUGUAACAGUUGAAGGUGCUAUAGGGGGCUCUGAGAAAAUUUUCCCGCCAAAACAUUAUUACACAUCUAAAGUAUUGCAAAUCCAUUUUCAUGCAGAAGACGUUAAGGUGAGCGUAGAUGGCCUGAAUCUAGAAAGAGAUAUUUUGGAGUCAUUACAAUCGUUAGAUUCAUUGGCCUCAAGUUUUCCACAAAAACCUAUUAAGAAAGUCGUCAAUUAUUAUGUGGCUCAUGAGAUUCUGAAGCAACUGAAUAAUAUUAUUGGAAACUUUUCUGUGCAACAAGUAAAAGCUUAUUUACUUGAUCAUUAGAAAAGAAUCGCAAUUUUUAUUUUUUUAACGUUGAAACUAC